AUACAUGGGAUUUUUAAGGGGGCGUGAGUAAAGUAGGAAGCUAAACCAACUAACAUCACAUGGCGUCCAAUAAUACCGUACACUCCAUUAUUGUAAUUCAGAUGGACAUCACACUUCUCCAGGAACCAAAAUGCCUGCAAAUUUCCCUUACAUUGUCGCCGGAACCGGAAGUCAGGUUAGGAGCGAGAACGAGAACACGGUCGCUAAAUCGCGUUAGAUUUUACGGUCUGUGCUAUUUGAAGGCGUCUUGAAAUGGUAUUUAUUGGGGGUGUUGGGUAUAUCAGUCGUACUGCAAAUGUGAUUUCUAGUUUUGCAUAUUAAUUUGAGUAGCCAAAGAUGGAUGAGAGGGCUGGAAUGCUGCAUUUUAGACUGGACAACCAUGGGGACUCCAUGCUAAACAGAAUGAAUUCCCUUCGCCAACAAAACAAAUUUUGUGAUGUAACUGUGCGUAUUGAUGAAACAGAGGUGUCAGGACACAGGGUGGUGUUCGCAGCAGGCUCGCCAUAUCUGAGGGACCAGUUUUUGCUGAGCGAUUCACAGGAAGUGCAUAUUUCUAUCCUACAAAACUCACAGGCUGGCAAACAGCUCCUCCUUUCUUGUUACACUGGUGUCCUAGAAUUUCCAGAGAUGGAACUUGUGAAUUACCUGACCGCCGCCAGCUUUCUGCAAAUGAGUCAUGUGGUGGAGAGAUGUACAGAGGCUUUGUGGAAGUUCAUCAAACCCAGCCAAGUUUCGGAGAGAAAAGACGACGGACAGGAAACCUGUGUAGAUAAACAUGUAAUCGAGCAAGAAGAAGAAAUUGAGGAUACGAUGCAGCCAGAAUCUCCAGCUGCUACACAUUCAGAAGAUAGCCUGGGUAAUGAUGACAUUCAGAUUGUUAAGAUUGAGUCAAUUGGGGAUGUGUCCAGUGACAAAACAAAAGUUUGUCAAAGCCAGUAUAUUUCGUCUGAACAGACUGCUCUCCAUUCUCUUGAACCACAACACUCCCUGAUUAACUCCACUGUAGAGAACAGGACCGGAGACACGGAUAACCCUCUCCACAGCUACACUAUGUCCGAUAAUAGCAGUGACAACAUAGGGCCACCAGCUAAAGAACUUUUUGGUCCUGGUAACAGGAUAGUAGACAAAACAUUACAGUGGCAUCACCAGUGUCCCAAGUGCACAAGGGUUUUCAGACACUUAGAAAAUUAUGCCAACCAUUUAAAAAUGCACAAGUUAUUUAUGUGUCUCCUAUGUGGUAAAACUUUUACACAGAAGGGCAACUUGCACAGGCAUAUGCGGGUGCAUGCAGGCAUCAAACCCUUCCAAUGUAAAAUAUGUGGUAAGACUUUUUCCCAGAAAUGCUCCUUGCAGGACCACCUUAACUUGCACAGUGGAGAUAAGCCUCACAAAUGUAAUUACUGUGACAUGGUCUUUGCACACAAGCCUGUGCUAAGAAAGCACCUGAAACAGUUGCAUGGUAAAAACAGCUUUGACAAUGCCCAUGAAAGGAACACUGGUCUGGAUUUUGAUACUUUUUCAAACACCCAUGACAGCAAUGAAAUCAUAAGCCAGAGUAUUCACCAAUAAAUAAGGGCAGUGUAUGAAAAAACAGUGGUUUAAUGUUAAACUUGAAAAUAUGUUUUCAAUGUUGCAAACUGUUAUAAAAAAUGGUAAUGAUCCUGAGCAAAAUGAUAGUGCCUACAUAAGUAUUGUGCAUAUUAUGAUGGGAUGGGCUAGUUUAUUAUGCAAUGGUGUAAUAAGAAAUGCAAAUAUUUUCCUUAUUAAAAAUUCUGCUCCUUA